UGCUUCCAGGUCUGCAGUUACCGUGUUUUUCUUUCUCUCAAGCAUCUCUGUGCUGUGUUUUAAUAUGGGCAAGACCCUUAUAUGUGUUGGGAGAUGCUCCCCAUAGCUGGUAUAUUAUUCUGCCACCUGGCCUAAUCCAAAGUAUUUGUAUUUCCUCUUUCUGCUUUCACGCUUCAAAUGGCUUUUUCUGAAAUCUGUGAACAAUAGUGUAGCACCUGGCUGUUGAGCAGAAGCCUUCCCAAGUCAGUUGGGCACAAAGAUGCCACUUUAUUGAGAGGUAUGUUUUCUUUCUUUUAGAUGUGAAACCUGUAGUGAAGAAGAAGCUAAGUACAGAUGUCCACGAUGCAUGAAAUAUUCAUGCAGUCUGUUGUGUGUAAAGAAGCAUAAGCUUGCACUGAGCUGUAAUGGAAUCAGGGAUAAAACAGCAUUUGUCUCUGUAAAUGAAUUUACUGACUUGAACCUUCUGAGUGAUUAUCGUUUCCUGGAAGAUGUAGGAAGGACAGCUGAUGCUGCUGCUCGAGAUAUUUCUGUGCAUAGGCCAACAACAAAUAAAUUUAUAAAUUACUUGAGAAAUAGAGCUCGGAGACAUAAUAUCAACCUCAAAACUCUGCCCAUUGGAUUUACAAAAAGAAGAGAAAAUUCAACCAUCUUCAAUAAGAAGGAGCAAAAGUUUUACUGGCAUUUGAAACUCAUGUUUCCUCACUGUCAUGCUGAAUACACGUUAAAAAGGGUGCCUGAGGAUAAAACACUCUCUGAUAUCCUUAAGCCCUAUAUUGAUCCAGUGGAGUCAGAUCCUGUAGUUUGUCAAAGAUUAAAAAUCUAUACAAUGUCUCCUCAGUCAGAUAUACAAAUUUUAAUGAAAAUAGAAAACAGAAGACAAAACUCCACCAGGUACAAUGAACUGGAUGCCGGUAGGAGUCUCCUAGACAAUUUGAAAGACAAAGUAAUAAUUGAGUACCCAACGUUAUUUGUGGUCUUGAAAACAUUGAAGAAUGACAUGGUGGUUCUUGGCCAAGAUGCCAGUGAACCUGCUGAGGACUCGAACAGUGAAAGUUCAUCCCUUUCGUCUGAGGAAGAAGGGGAAAUUCGGGAGAGUUCAUGACAAUUCUUUGAGAGAAGAGGGUGGGAUGCGCCUUUUAUAUUUUUUCUUUUAUUUAAUUAAAUCUUUUUUUAUAUGACCGAGUUCUUUGAGGUUCAGUUUGGUAUGCUUUACUAAAGACAGCACUUCCAAACUGACCGUUUAAUUAUGGAUUUUGUAAUGCGUAUUUAGCUAUGUAAAUAAAGACAGGGAUUGUUGGUUCCAGAAAAGUCUGAUUAUUCUUAUUGCAUUGCACACUUUUGUCUAUAUAUCUUUCAAAAAAUCAGAGUAACCCAAACUUAAAGCUUCCAGGUUAGCUUCAACAGUAUAUUUUUUCCCCUUUAUCCUAAAAUUUUGGUAUCUUAUUUCUCUAUCUGGUGUAGUUGAACUGGUUGGUUUUAACUAUCUGUAUUUCUGUUUACAUUUAUGAGUCAGAAUACUUAAAUUCCUUUUAAAAUCCUGUGUUUUCUUGGACAAAUUUUCUUUUAGGGUAUUUCUUGUCAUGCUUAGCUGCUGCAGAUGGUCUUACUUUGCUGUUGAUUUUAAUCUUCUGUGGUGACGUUUUGGGUGCUUAGCGCAGUAUUGUUUUUUCUUAUUUGGUUGCAUCCUGCUGACUGUAUUAAGCAAGGGAUGAGAUCGAGCCAUGGUUUCUGGCUGGCGUGCUGCUGUAUGUUUAAUCUUCCAGCGUGAUGUUCCAAAUUAGCAUGUGUUUAAGAAUCAACAGAAACGAAUACGUGGAGUCUCACUAAUGCACAUAUAUUGGACAGUGCUUAUGCUGUGCACCUUAUGUUAUUAGUUUAUCUACUGAAGCCAGGUAUUGCAAAUAUGUACUGGAAUAUCAACUAGGCCUUACCUAAUUCGAAACAAACCUUAAAAUUGUGUGCCAUAUCAUCUGCUGACAACAGAAAUUGUUUACCUCUGUGGCAAGAUUUCAAGAUCCCAGAUCACUUGUCGCCCAUAUCCAAGUCCCUCGUGUCUGUGGGAUCUGUUGGAGGAUGAAAAGAAGUGCCUGAGAGCAAGGUGUGCUGCAAGCGGUGUUAGACAGGUCGGGCCCUCUGCACAUGGGCACCGUGCGGUUCUCAGAAAUCAGCAUAGGUAGCGUGGGCCUGUCUGCUCGGGGCUGUUUUGGGAUCAGUUUGCGGGGAGGGGGGGUUUGUGGUUCAUCUAAGGACUAGCCACAAGUCAGCGUUUGUAAAGUCUUAAGCACGUGGUCAUUUAGUAAACAGCUCUGUGGAUUUAAGUUGUUGCCAUCAUCAUUACCGCAGUCUGUCUGUCUCCUGCCUGAGAUUAUCACCUUCAUAACAAAAGCGGGUGGCAUGGGACACGCACAAGUCGGCCACCUAAGUGCAGAGCGUGGUGAUUUGACCUUAAACUGCCAUGCAGGUCAGUCAUAAGAGUGUUCUUUCUGCCAACAUUACAGAUAGGAAGAGAACAGAAAACCGUGAAGACACUUGUUGCGGUCACAUAGAGGGGUAAUAGCAACAUAGGGCAGGGCUCGGGCCUCCAGGCUCGCGGUGUAGCAUUUGGGCACCAGCUUGUUGGUUCUCUACCAGGCAUACUCCUUGGAGAGGAUUUUUGAAUUUUACAUGUUAGUCUUCUACGCUUUUGCAGUCAGACUGUCUAUAAAAAAUUGUUCACUGACGCAUCCAGCUAAUGAAUUUUGGAAAGAGCACCAGACUGUUGUAGGUCACAUACUAGUAUUUCUUACGAAAAUAUCAUACGCCCUUUGUGUGUUUUGCAACCUUUGGUAAAACAAGGACUUUUUCUUCUUGCCUGGCAGUAGCUGCCUGUGUUACCUUUUGGGGUUUGUUUGUUUGUUUUUUUAUCAUUAUUGGUCCCUUGCCCACAGCUUACUUCCUUUUCUUUAUAUAUAAACCCUUUUGAAAGGACUGUGAUUCCUAGCUAUAGGUACUGCUUUCAUUUCUUUUCAGUUCAGCGAAAGCGAAUGAGCUUUUCCUAGUCAGUGAUGACUGCGUGCUGACUGGGUAGCCACAAAUUACUUUAAAUCAGUCUUGCAUCCAUCCAUAUUAAUACCAAUAGAAGAGCAGAACAAGAUUGCCACAGUUCAUCUGCCAGAAUAUGUUUCAUCUGCAGUAAAUGCAUGGUAUUCCUGUUCUUAAGAUUCAUCACACAUACUGGAAAUCAGAGUGCUGCAGAUACUAACGUACGAUCUGCAUGUGUAUGUGAUUAGUCUUUGGCUGAGCAAUAUAGAUUUGUAAUAGAUGUGAUUUGCGUUACUUUCCUACGCUCCUGGAGGUUUUCAUUAAUUAUAUGAAAGGAUUUGCCUGCUUUGUUUUCCUACAUUAAGUCCAGUUUAAGCUCUCUUGUCCGUCAAACACAACCCUAAUUUGUUUUUAAGUGAAGAUGCCAUUAAAUCUAUCCUGCAGAUUGAAAUCUUUCCUGACUUUAAAGAAGGCUUUAAAAAUGAUUAAGGACCAUUCCUGUCGUGGUCAUUAGAAGUGAAAUUUACCAAAUGAAGCUGUGGAUCGUCUUCGGUUUUCAGUCAAAUUCAGAGUAAAAAAGGCCUUGUUAACAAGUGCAUUUGCCAUUCAUUCCCAGCUUACUGCGUACCUAUUCUUAUUUGUUUCUGAGAUCAGUGACGUUAGUUUAAACUGUGGUGAUUCAUCAGAUGUGAGCUAAAAGGGAAUCCAAAUAUUUUUGUUAGGAGUAGCGAAAUUUGUUCAAUUUUUCUUUAGAAAAACGAACCAGCAUCGUGGUCUCUGGCCAAAAGCACAGCCUGACUGAUGACAGUUGACCAGUGCCAGUCCCACAACAGUGACAAUUCAUAAUAAUAAGGUUGGAGUUUUUUAAUCAAACUUUGAGCUUUUUGACUAGGUGGAUGAUUUUUAACGCUUUUGUAGGCAGUUAGGACAAAUUUUUAAUUCCUCUCUGAAUGAUUUAUCCCAGAGUGAGCAUCUUGUUAAUAAACUGAGGAGAGAAAGCGCAUCUUAAAAACUCAUAUUUUUAAAUUGCUGGGUCAAGCACUUGAAAUUUAGGACGUGGAGCUGAGGCUGCCUGGAAAACUUCUGUUCUAUUCAUUUUGAAAACAUACUAUCAUAAUCUUUAUCUCACAUGAGGAUAUCUACGGGCUCUGACUUGAUUCAGCACAGAUGAUAUCUGUGCAUGAAGACUGUAAUGUUGUUUAAAUCUUCAUCAUUCAAUACCAAGUUGCACUGAGGGCUUGAUUUUAAGGCUAGUAUGCUUAUUCAUUUGCUUUCCUCAUAAAGUACUUAUCGAACUAAUUGUAUGCAGCGUUGUUACGUUUCCUUUAAUGUUCAGCCUUCUCAGGUUUCAAACCCUGAACUUUCAUUUGACAGCGUGCUUGCGCUGGGGGACCAUAAGCUUAAACAACAAGGAGUAAAGGCUCUUGUCCUGAAUGAACAUACUGCUAAAAAAAAGUUAAACGCUUAUGAAGUCAUCCGUUUCACAGACCGUAAGGGACAAAAAUAGAGCAUAGCUAAGAGCAUAGCACUAGCUAAGAAGUAGGACUGAGUCAGCCAUGUGAGAGAACUUGGUUCUUUUCCUUUUUUGUAUAACUUCCUGGGAGUAUAAGGUUUAAGUUAUUGUACUGUCAUGGUAACUGGUAUACUCUCAGGAGAAAAGCUAAAUUUUGAAUGAAUGCAUCUGAAUUCUAGGUUGUUUUUGAUUUCCUCUUUAUCUUGGCAUUAGGAAUUUUUUAUCUGCUGUUCUUAAGACUAGGUCUUAGGGGCGUGCUUGGCUAGAGGGCUAACUAACCUUCGUUACUCCAGGAACGCGGUACGUUUGUAUUUUGCAUUAUAAGUAAAAUUCAUUACUGUGCAGGAUACCCACACUAGUCUUACACAAAAAGAAAAAGAAGAAGAAAGAAAAAGCAUCAACUUACAAGUUCACCUUAGUGCUGAUACGCCGUCCCACCUGGGCGUUCUGUGUAAGGACAGCUCUGAUGCAGACCUUGCCCUGCCAGAUACGGCUGGCUGUUCUCUGUUGACAUCUGUAGGAGCGGAGAAUGCAUAACACCUUGCAAGAGCAGGCUUUCAGAGAGUAAAUAUACAGCUGUGAUGAUGUAACUUCAGGCCAUGUUUGGUCACAAACAUUUCACUCUGCUUUCUUAAGCCCCCCUCUUUUCCUGAAAACAUUUACUCUUCCUCUCUCCAAAGGAAAAAAUAUCUUGAAUUUGUUUGUGUUGUUGCUAUGACAUUCAGUUAAACUCUAUGCAGAUGCAGGUUCUGUUAAUAAGAAAAAAAAAAAGAACUGUGUACUUGAGUGAAUAAAGAUUACCCUGUGUUUGUAUUAGAAUGUUGCUAUGGCAGUGCAUAUGGUUUUAUUUGGUGGAAAUUUGUGGCAAAAUGGAAGGAAGUCGCAUGUAUGCAAGACAAACAAGAAAUGGCAGCAAAAACAGCUCAGAAUAAAUACUGAAACUGAAAGGGGAGUUGCAGAUGACAUAUAA